CCACCACCCCAACCACAACCCACGACGAGCGAGAGUUUUCAUCCAACAAACCGCCGGCCAAGAUGCAGAUCUUCGUGAAGACCCUCACGGGGAAGACGAUCACGCUGGAGGUCGAGAGCAGCGACACCAUCGACAAUGUCAAGGCCAAGAUUCAAGACAAGGAAGGCAUCCCGCCGGACCAGCAGCGGCUCAUCUUCGCCGGGAAGCAGCUGGAGGACGGCCGGACGCUAGCAGACUACAACAUCCAGAAGGAGUCGACGCUGCACCUGGUGCUCCGCCUCCGCGGCGGGAGCAGGGGCCACUACAUCAUCAAGGAGCCCAACCUGUUGCAGCUCGCGCUCAAGUACAACGAGAAGAAGAUGGUCUGCCGCAAGUGCUACGCCCGCCUCCCAGCUCGCGCCACCAACUGCCGCAAGAAGAAGUGCGGCAGCACCGGAGAGAUUAGGGCAAAGAAGAGGUUCAUCAGCAAGACCAAUACGCUCAACUGAAGAAGUCGUCGAGGACAGAAAAUUAAAAUAGAUUCGCUCUAGCUAGUUAUGUUUUGGUGGCCUCAACUUUAUAUACCAGUCUCGCAAGUUCAUCAAACUCUUUAAUAAUCAUUAUAAAGAGUUCAUAGUAGAAUUUAUGCUAAGUAUUUAGGGGUUAGUUCAUGUUUUUCUGAUAUGAGAUCGAUCGUUUUCAAAUUUACCCAUUGUUCGCUGAGCCACAGUGAGCAGCACUGAAACCGUGACACGUUACUAAUUCCUGCGCAAGGCUGACCGUAUUCCUGUCUGAAUAAUAUAUGAGAGAGUGGGGUGCCCCUUCUUUUUUUA